AUGGCCAAGACGAGUUCCAAUAGCGACGCCUUUAGGAAGAGAAGGACACCGAUAGAGCCACUGCCGCUCGUGCAAGAUAUGAAUUGGGUUUUCACCGUGGAAGACAUGCUGGGAAAUGGCGCCCUCAAUAGGGAAACGACGUCCAUGGGCGUCACCGUCAUCGAGGCUUUCGCCCAAGUCUACCUCGAUUAUUCAGUGAUCAGCAUCAAUCGCCGGCGCAAGGCAGCGCCGGCCGAGGCGCAGGCGCAGACCACCAUGAUGGAUUCCACCUCGGCUGUCGUCGAGUUCAAAGUAAACUACGAGCAGACCAAGCACCUCGACGCCGGCGAGGCCGUCCACUCCGACGCCUUCCCCGCCGGCGGGCACAUGUGGCGGAUAAACUACUACCCGCGUGGGAAUCGUGGGAUAGAAGAGGCUAACGACGGCAGCCAUCUCUCCAUCUUUGUCGAGCUCCUGAGCAAAUCCAGAAGCGCCGUCAGGGCAACCUUUGAGGCCUUAUUGAUGGACAAGGGCGGCGAGCCGUCGCUGAACCUUGCGAGGAGGAUCGGGGUUCAUGUGUUCCACACGGGGAAUAGAAAGCUCGGGUGGCCUCAGUUCCUGAGGCAAACCGACCUGGCCAAAGUUUACCUGGAGGAGGGGCACAUCACAUUCGUGUGCGCCGUCAUGGUGUUACGUCGAAAUCCUAUUCCGACGCCGUGCUCCGACAUCGUAAAGCAUCUAGGCAACCUGCUGGAUCGCGGAGACGGGUCGGAUGUGUCGUUCGUCGUCGACGGCGAGACGUUCCAUGCUCACCGGGCGGUGCUCGCUGCCCGUUCGCCGGUUUUCAGUGCGGAGCUCCUCGGUCCCAUGGCCGAGGCUGCAAUGCCGUCGAUCACCCUGCACGACAUCACCCCUGCGGCAUUCAGAUCCAUGCUUCGGUUCAUGUACACGGAUGUCUUUCCUGGGGACGACGAGCUCGGUGAGUCUCCCUCUGAGAUGGUGCAGCAUCUGCUGGCCGCAGCUGACCGGUACGCAUUGGACCGGUUGAAGCUCAUGUGUGCGCAGAAGCUGUGGGAAAAUGUGUCCGUUGAUACCGUUGUCGAUGCUUUAGCUUGUGCUGACAUGUACAGCUGCCUAGAGUUGAAGAGCAGGUGCAUUGGUUUUGUUGUGGAGGAGAAAAAUUUCAAGAAGGUCGUCUUGACCGAGGGUUUUCUGAACUUAUGGCAGAAGUUCCCAUCUACUAUAGCUGAAGUGCGAGAGCGGGUUGGGACAUGA